GGAGGGGGUGGGAAGUGGUAACUCCGGAAGGGAGAGCCUGCAGGAGAGAAGGGCUGUCAGAGAAGAGGAGGUGGCACCCUGGGUCCUCCUUCUAUAAAAGGAAAAGUGGUAGCCUUCCUGCCUUGCCCGCUCCCCCUCCAUGUGCCCGUGCUAGCAGACUCAUCCUACCUCUGGGCAGUGAACUCCCUGGUGGCUGUGUGCCUUCUGCGCUCCAGCCGCUGGGUCCUGCCUCCGUGUCAGCCGCCUCCUCUCUUUGCUCACCUCUUGAUGCUUCCUUCCCUGUUUCCCACCCUCUUUCUGGGCAGUUCACUCAGGCUGCUCAGCCCUGGAAACCGGCUUUAGGGGCAGAGGGCAGCGGGGGGACCCUGAGAAAAGGGAGCCAGCCCCCCUGGGACCCAGGCCCUUUCUGUGCGUCAGUCAGGCCUCGCCCUGACUUCCUAGCCCCUUGGGGCUCUGUCCACCAAAUAGGGAAGAGACAGCUGAGAGCUGGCUGUUGGGUUUGGGGAAAGACGAUGUCAUCAGCUGGCCCAGGGCCUGUGACCCAUCCCCCAUCCGGCUGCUAGGGAUCCCCCUCCCCUGGGCAAGUCCCAUUUUUCUUUAAAGGAAAACAAAAACUAGGGUUUUUGGGAAAGAAUGAGACACCAUCUGAGUCCCACCAUCAGAGCUGCUGGCUGAAUGGCUUACAGCUCAGCCAAUCACAGAGACUGGGGAGACUUAAAAGAGCUGGCGGGGAGAGUCUGCUAGGAACCUCAGGGAGACCCAGAGGCACAGAGACCGGGAGAGAGGGCAGGAGAGAGACAGACCCAGGCACGCGGGAAGCAGGGUCUGGGCAGCCAGAGGCCGGGAGAGGCCGUUCCCAGGAGAGGGUUUGCAGGACUGGCCACGAGGCACCCUGCUCAAGCCAAGGGCCACGCUCUCUCCACCUCGCCUGAAGGUCCCCAGCCCCCUGAAACGCUGUCUGACCCUGGCGCUGGCCGAGCCAAGGCUGCCGAGGGGAGCUUUCCACAGGCGGGCGUGAAGGGAGCGUGCCGCCGGCGUCAGUCCUUACAGCUCCAGCACCCGCCAUGUCCCCGACGGACCCGCACUCCAAGGGGGGAUGGGCCGGCCGCUGGCUGUGGGGAGCCCCCUCCCGUCUGCUCCCCACCCUGCUCCUGCUGCUGGCCUCCCUCCUGCCCUCAGCCAGGCCAGCCAGCCCCCUCCCCCGGGAGGAGGAGAUCGUGUUUCCAGAGAAGCUCAACGGGAGCGUCCUGCCUGGCGUGGGCGCCCCGGCCAGGCUGCGGUACCGCUUGCCCGCCUUUGGGGAGACGCUGCUGUUAGAGCUGGAGCAAGACCCGGGCGUGCGGGUGGAGGGGCUGACGGUGCAGUACCUGGGCCGGGCGCCGGCGCUGCUGGGUGGGGCGGAGCCGGGCACGUUCCUCACCGGCACCAUCAACGGAGAUCCGGAGUCGGUGGCAUCUCUGCACUGGGACGAGGGAGCUCUGUUAGGGGUGCUGCAGUAUCGGGGGGCCGAGCUCCACAUCCAGCCCCUGGAGGGAGGCGUCCUUAAUUCUGCUGGGGGGCCUGGGGCUCACGUCCUACGCCGGAAGAGCCCUGCCAGCGGCCAGGGCCCCAUGUGCAGCGUCAAGGCGCCUCCCAAGAACCCCAAGCCCAGCCCCCGAAGAGCCAAGCGCUUUGCUUCCCUGAGCAGAUUCGUGGAGACCCUGGUGGUGGCGGACGACACGAUGGCAGCGUUUCACGGCGCAGGGCUGAAGCGCUACCUGCUCACGGUCAUGGCCGCCGCGGCCAAGGCCUUCAAGCACCCAAGCAUCCGCAACCCCGUCAGCCUGGUGGUGACGCGGCUGGUGGUUCUGGGGCCGGGCCAGGAAGGGCCCCCAGUGGGGCCCAGUGCCGCCCAGACCCUGCACCACUUCUGUGCUUGGCAGCGAGGGCUCAACACGCCUGAGGACUCGGACCCGGAUCACUUUGACACAGCCAUUCUGUUUACCCGUCAGGACCUGUGUGGGGUCUCCACCUGUGACACCCUGGGCAUGGCCGACGUGGGGACCGUGUGCGACCCGGCUCGGAGCUGCGCCAUCGUGGAGGACGACGGGCUCCAGUCGGCCUUCACUGCCGCUCACGAACUGGGCCAUGUCUUCAACAUGCUCCAUGAUAACUCAAAGCCAUGUGUGGGCCUGAAUGGGCCUGGGAGCACCUCCCGCCAUGUCAUGGCUCCCGUAAUGGCUCACGUGGAUCCUGAGGAGCCCUGGUCCCCCUGCAGCGCCCACUUCAUCACGGACUUCCUGGACAAUGGCUACGGGCACUGUCUCUUAGACAAGCCAGAGGCUCCCCUGCACCUGCCUGUGACUUUCCCUGGCAAAGACUAUGACGCCGACCGCCAGUGCCAGCUGACCUUCGGGCCUGACUCACACCACUGCCCACAGCUGCCGCCGCCCUGUGCUGCCCUCUGGUGCUCUGGCCAUCUCAACGGUCACGCCAUGUGCCAGACCAAGCACUCGCCCUGGGCCGACGGCACCCCUUGUGGGCCCGCACAGGCCUGCAUGGGUGGCCGCUGCCUCCAUGUGGACCAACUCCAGGACUUCAAGGUCCCACAGGCCGGCGGCUGGGGUCCCUGGGGGUCCUGGGGCGGCUGCUCUCGGAGCUGCGGGGGCGGCGUCCAGUUCUCCUCCCGGGACUGCACGCAGCCCGUCCCCCGGAACGGCGGCAAGUACUGCGAGGGCCGCCGCACCCGCUUCCGCUCCUGCAGCUCCCAGGACUGCCCUGCGGGCUCAGCACUGACCUUCCGCGAAGAGCAGUGCGCGGCCUACAACCACCGCCCCGACCUCUUCAAGAGCUUCCCAGGGCCCAUGGACUGGGUCCCUCGCUACGCGGGCGUGGCCGCCCGUGACCAGUGCAAGCUCACCUGCCAGGCGCGGGCCCUGGGCUACUACUACGUGCUGGAGCCGCGGGUGGUAGACGGGACUCCCUGCUCCCCAGACAGCACCUCGGUCUGUGUUCAAGGCCGCUGCAUCCAUGCCGGCUGUGACCACGUCAUUGGCUCCAAAAAGAAAUUUGACAAAUGCAUGGUGUGCGGCGGGGACGGUUCUGGCUGCAGCAAGCAGUCUGGCUCCUUCAGAAAGUUCAGGUAUGGCUACAACAGCGUGGUCACUAUACCCGCGGGGGCCACCCACCUCCUGGUGCGGCAGCAGGAGCCCCCAGGUGUGCGGAGCCUCUACCUGGCCCUGAGACUCGCCAAUGGCUCCUAUGCCCUCAAUGGUGAAUACACGCUAACGCCCUCCCCCACCGACGUGGUGCUGCCGGGGGCCGUCAGCCUGCGCUACAGCGGGGCCACAGCAGCCGCCGAGACGCUGGCCGGCCACGGGCCCCUGGCCCAGCCCUUAAUGCUGCAGGUCCUGGUGGCCGGUGACCCCCAGAAUGCCCGCGUCCGGUACAGUUUCUUUGUGCCCCUGCCGACCCCUCCGCCGCAGCCUGCUCCCCGGGACUGGCUGCACCGAAAGGCGCAGAUCCUGGAGGUGCUGCGGAGGCGCCCCUGGACCGGCAGGAAAUAGCCUCACCGUCCCGGCGCCCUGGCGCCGCCAGACUGAGCUGGGAGAAGGGGCUUCGAAGGAGCCUCGUGCUGGACACCGUGGGGAGGGUGCACCCCCCAAAAGGAUGCGCAGGCCGGCCCUGCCUGCUCCUGCCCUGGAGGCAGCCUGGGUGCAAGGGCUGGCAGACAGUCCGGUCUAAACUGCCCUCUGCCCUGCUGGUCAUAGGAGGCGGAGGCGGCAGGGUGGCCCUGUUGUAUUUAUUUAGUAUUUAUUCACUUAUUAGCACCAGGAAGGGGCUCUGGGGAAACUGACCUCUGCCCCUCGUGGCCUCAUUCUGGCCAGCAAAUCUGGGGUGGGGUGAUGAGCCCAGUGUCCUGUGUGUGUGUGUGUGUGCGUGUGUGAAGAUGUGCGUGUGUGUGAAGAUGUGCAUGCAUGUGUGCGUAGACGUGCAUGUGUGUGUGUGAAGAUGUGCGUGUGUGUGAAGAUGUGCAUGCAUGUGUGCGUAGACGUGCAUGUGUGUGUGUGAAGAUCUGCGUGUGUGUGUGUGAAGAUGUGCGUGUGUCUGCGCGUGAGGCGCAGCCUGCCCUGCCUUCCUCUCCCAGAGCUCUCUUCUGGGAAGGAGGACGCAGGGCGGCAGGUCCCCGGGAGUCGGGUCGCCAUGGUUUAAGUGUAAACGGAUUCUGUUAUUUAUGUGCCCCUGGGAAUGGGCUGCACCGGGCUCCAAUCGCUGGCAUCCGCUUCCCCAGUUGCCAAUGGCAAUCCCUCCUGGAGGGCCGUGGCGGGGGCGGGAGCAACACGAAUAAACAACCGGCAUCUGCCCAGGGAACGCAGUGCCACUGGACUCACCUGCCUGUCUCCGCUGCCCACGGGGCCUGCCAGGCACUGGAAGGUGGCCACGAGCCGCGCUCAGUUCGUCCGCUCGGCGGAACCCUGUCCUGGUUCUGAGCGCCUGACCCCCAUCUCUGCAGGCUCCCAUCACAGGAGAAAAUAAACACUUGGCUCCCAGCACAAUAAGUAACUACG